CCCUCCUCCCCUCGCUCCUUAAACGGGAUUCCGGCUGGGCGAGCCGCCGGACGGCAUCACCGGGCAUCCCGCGGCGCGGAGCCCCGGAGGCUCUGGCAGGUCCCCGCUGUCCCUCCCCGCACACACACGCUCAGCCCGGCCCGGAAAGCAGGAAAAAAAAAAAAAAAGAAAUAUUACAAGGUUCCCCCCUUUCCCUGGACCUCCUCGCCCGUGACUCUCGAGUGGAAAAAAAAAAAAAAAUCGCCCGCAGGGGCGAAGGGGGGGAGGUUGUUAAAAAGCCGGUGAAGGGGCAGAGCCGCUCCGUGGGGAGGGCACCCCCAGGCAGCCCCAGCCACCCCGGGGAGGGGGGGAUGAGGUAGAGGCCGGCGGCGGAGCGCCCGCCGGGCGCCGUGGCCGCGGAGGGCAUGAGGCGGCGAGCGGCGGGGAUGGGCUCCGGAGCGCGGUGUUAGAGCCCGGCAGCAGCGGCAGCCGAGGUCUGAGAGGACUGUAGCCUGUGCGAUACGGCGGGAUCUGGUUUUCAAAAUGGAAUUGCAGCUGGCGCUCCUUUUCGCAGGGAUAAUUGCAUUUUCGGACUCGGCGAGAGGUCCCCCAAGGAUCUCCGAUAAAGUGAUUCACCGCCAGUCCGUGAGGCUGGGCAGGACCAUCAAGCUCCUGUGCCCGGUGGAAGGCGACCCCCCGCCCCUCACCAUGUGGAUGAAGGACGGACGGACCAUCCACAGCGGCUGGACGAGGUUCCGAAUCCUCCAGCAGGGGCUGAAAAUCAAGGAGGUGGAGAGCGAAGAUGCGGGGACCUACAUCUGCAAAGCCACCAACGGCUUCGGCAGCACCAACGUGAACUACACCCUCAUCGUCAUUGAUGAUGCCAGCUCAGGAAAGGACAGCCAGGUGCCUGAAGGCUCCAAUGGAGAGUAUGAAGAUCAUUCUGGGAAGCAGUGGGCCCGGCCCAGGUUCACUCAGCCGGCCAAGAUGAGGCGGAGAGUGAUCGCCCGCCCCGUCGGCAGCUCCAUCCGCCUCAAGUGCGUGGCCAGCGGCAACCCCAGGCCUGACAUCACCUGGCUGAAGGACAACAAGCCCCUCACUCCCCAGGAGAUUGGGGAGAACAAGAAGAAGAAGUGGACGUUGAACCUGAAGAACCUGAAGCCAGAGGACAGCGGGAAGUACACCUGCCGGGUGUUUAACAAAGUUGGAGAAAUCAAUGCGACGUACAAGGUCGAAGUGAUCCAGAGGACGAGGUCCAAGCCCAUCCUGACAGGGACACACCCCGUCAACACCACGGUGGACUAUGGUGGGACCACAUCCUUCCAGUGCAAAGUCCGCAGCGACGUCAAGCCCGUCAUCCAGUGGCUGAAGAGGGUGGAGUACGGCACGGAGAGCAAGUACAACUCCACCAUCGAUGUCGGGGGGCAGAAGUUCGUCGUGCUGCCCACAGGGGAGGUCUGGUCCCGCCCAGAUGGUUCCUACCUGAACAAACUGAUGAUUACUCGAGCCAAGGAGGAGGAUGCAGGGAUGUACAUCUGCCUCGGGGCAAACACCAUGGGCUACAGCUUCCGGAGUGCUUUUCUCACAGUCCUGCCAGAUCCCAAGCCUCCCAGUGCACCUGUGCCCCCUUCCUCAGCCAGCAGCCUGCCCUGGCCCGUGAUCAUCGGCAUCCCCGCCGGAGCCGUCUUCAUCUUCGGGACCAUCCUGCUGUGGCUGUGCCAGUCCAAGAAGAAGCCCUGCUCCCCGCCGGCCGCCGCCCCCGCGCACCGGCCGCCGCCCCGCGACAGGAUCUGCGUCUCCCAGCUCCCCGACAAAGACUGCAUCUCCUCCAUUAACUACGAGGAAUACGUGGCCCAGCAGCAGCAUUUACUGUCCCAGGGGCCCGCCCUGGCCCCUGCCAUGGCCUCCAAAAUGUACCCAAAGAUUUACACGGAUAUCCACACCCACACCCACUCGCACGUGGAAGGCAAAGUCCACCAGCACCAGCACAUUCAGUACCAGUGCUAAGGGUGGGCCCCGUGUCCAGUGGCUCGUUUGGGCUUUUUCUCGUGGUACCUCAGCAGAGACUGCUCCGAGUCAGCUCGCACUGCCAAGCAACAGGCAAAGCAGACAGAGAAAGGUUAUAUAUAUAUAUAUAAAAUUUUAAAUAUAUAUAUACAUAUAUAUAUAAUUGUAUAUGCGUGUGUGUAUGUGUGUGUAUAUAUAUGUGUAUAUAUCUAUAUCUAUCUAUAUAAAUAUAUAUAUAAUAGAGAAAGACAGAGAGAGAAAAGAGGUUUUUUUUUUUUUUUAAUUAUUGCAAUCAGGAUGUAGCUGAGGAAUAAUGAAGGAACUCCAAUUCUGUCUCCAGCAGCAGAGCCUUCCUGGAUAUUUUAAUCAAAGUGGCCAUAAGUGAGAUGGGAGAGAGGGGGAUGAACCACCACCUCCUUCCUUGUGUUACUGAAAGGAGCAGGUAGAGCAAGAGGUGUGUGUGGUACUUUUCUGGAUGAGCCUGGAUGUCUGCUGGGCAUCACUUGUUUUGGUGGGAAGCCCCCAGACCUGUCCUGCUCUGAGUGACUCGAGCUCUAACGUACUUGAGGUUUAGUGCCAAAGCACCAGGAGACGUAACCCGUUCAUCUCUUCCAGGGAAAGAAAAUAACACAAGAAGGUCUGGAAAAACCAAUUUCUGUUCACAAGGUGAAAUUCCACGUGCUUCUAAGUUGUGGUCAGCAUGAUCAGCUACCCAAGCUGGCUGGUUCAGUUUCAGCCAAGGUGAAGGCAUCUUGUUUCCCAUGGGAUGUUCUGCUGAUCAGCUCUGCUCCCCUGGUCCUAGGACUCAGUGCCACUGCCAGGAAAAAGGAAAGAAGGAAAGAGGAACGUUGUACAGAACAUCUUUAUAUUUAUAUUUAAGAAAUAAUAAUAAUUAAUAAUAAUAAUUGAACUGCUGAUGGUGAAGAAGGCAAAACACAUUGUCCUUCUCUGAUGGCUUAGAGUGGCAAGCUACUGGAUUUUCUGCAUCAAUGCAAAAUACAUGAAAGCAUUAGAAAAAAUAGUAAGAAGCAAAGAGAGUGAAAUAAUCUUGUAGGAAAAAAUUGCAUUUGAGAAAUAUCCACCUAGGUUGUGUGUGGUUGUCCCCUCCCCUCAGAUAUCACUUCAUAAGUGAUAAAACAUUGCAGUUCAAACAACAGUAAAAACAGAAAGAAGAGAAAAUAAAUAAGGACCAUAUUAAAUACCUAUAUGGACUGGUAAUGAAUCCAAUUGCAAAAUAUAAACCCUUUGUAAUUCUAUGUAGAGUUUAAACAGAAGUCAUGUAUAUUUAAUUUAUUUUGUUAAACAAGAAAAAAAAUGUACGAUAUUUUCCUCAAAACAGGCAUUUCUAUAUGUAUUUUUGAUCAAAGAAAAUAAAGAAUUUUUUUUUCAGGUUCUGUAGAUGCCAUGCUCAGAACACACUUGAUGUAGCUUGUGACCAACUGUGCUUCUCCUAACCUGGAGGCCACCUGUCUCUAUGCCUUUUCACACUAGCCAGGUGUCAUCUCCUGUCACCUCAGGUGCUGCUGGUGCCAUCCUGUCCAUCAGAAACUGACCUUUUCCACUGUCUGUAUUCUGACUGUGAGGAUCUGCAGCAGCCAGAUCACUCCUCAUGGGCCCCAGCCAUCUUCAGUAGCAGAGUUCUUCUCUCACAGGGAAAUUGUUUCACUGUGCAUUUCUGGGGGGCGUAUGGGGAGGAUGAUUUGUUAGUUUUUUAAACCCAGACCUGCAGAGUUUUGUUGGCUUGGGGUUUUGUUUGUUUGUUUGUUUGGAUUUUUUAAAGAAAAUUUUGUAAAUCAAACCAUAAUAGCUUGUGGGGCUGUAAAAGGAACUUUGGCCUGAGGGUGCUUGGAAGGGGAAAUGAUGAAAUGUAGGUGAAAUACUUAAUUUGUAACUGCAGCUGCUUUAGGAGCCAGGGAAGGGUGAGCUGGGGACAGUGAGGAGACAACACAGGAGCUGCUCCCCUUCAGGGGGGCUUGAACCUUCCUUCUGCUGAACACCAUGGAAAGGCACCCAGCCCUUCAGGGGCCAAAAUCUUCUUUGAAGAAGGUGGGUUCAGCAAUGAUGCAACUGUUUCUCUUCUUUUCAUUUAGAGUUUGCUGGUUUAAGAAAAAAAAAAAAAGAAAAAAAAAAAAGAAAAUUUGAAACAUGCUAAUUUUUAAGUUUAAAAUUACUUCCUUCUCAAGCUUGUUCCAUGAAAGAGAUCCUCACCAAACCAGUUGCUCCAUUUAAAAGUGAAACACUUUAUUUAAUCUGAAACAAAGCCGUGCUUUAGGCUUUGCUUUUCUCUGAACAUUUCUGGAGGUAUUUGCUCUGUGUUGACCCACAGUGAUUUUUUCUGGUGGUUUGUUUGAAUCGCCAGCAAACCAAACAGUUCCCUGUUUGCUCAGCCGUGGUGCUGCGAGAUGGGGCCCCAGUUUAGUGAAACACGUCAGCCCCUGCUUUCUUCACCAAUACAUUCUGCUCCAAAAAGUCCCUUUCUUGCCUUAGGAGUAGGUUAUCCAUGUAAUAAACCCUAGAGGAAGACCAUCCCUCGUGAUGCUCCUCCUGUAGAGGUUGUAAUAAAGCAACCCAUUGAUAACUUGUAUUAUUCAGCAGGAGGGUUCAGCACAAAUUUAGAGCUGAGAGGAGCUUAAGUGAGGCAUAUAAGGCAUGGAUAUAAGGCAUGAUUUAGGCAGGAGUUCUUAAUGGCUGUAGUAUACUGAGUCAUUUCACUAGAAAAAAAAAAGCAAAAAAAAAAAAAAGCAAAAAAAAAAGCCUUUAUACACUAAGGGCAUCGCCUUCAUUUCAAGGUGACACUAAGCGUGUAUUUCCAUGAGAGAUACUAAAGUGUCUACAUCUCAUAUCUUGUGCCUGUGGGAAGCUACUUACUACACCAUAGUAUGUCCCAGACUCCUGCACAUUCCAGCUGCAUCAGGGGCAUGGCAAAGGACAGGAUUCCCCUGUAAGCCCGUGGCCUUCUCUGCUCUCUGGGCCAGUGUUGCAGCAAGGAGACACUUCUGACCCACGCUCUGUGAGCAGUACUGACACCAGCUUCAGAGGCAGAGGUGAACGCUGGGUUCAUGGGGUUCAGCCCUAAGCAAACGCUGAUUUUCUAACGGCAGCAGUUCAAGUGGCAGCUCUGUCUCUGAGCCUCAGGGAGAGGGUUAGUGGGUUAAGAGAAGCACUCCUGCAUUUCCCAUACAGCACAGAGUUCCAGGCUGUGCCUAGCACUCUCCACCGGUGCCUUCUGCUCUUUGUGACCCACCCCCACAGUGCUGUAUCAUGCAGGCAAAACCUUGACAUUUUGUCAGAUGGUUCAAGUGGGAGGAGAGGCUUCUUCCUAUCCUUCAAAGCUCCUGAAUCAAAGAUAAAUCUCUAGUGCUGCUGACAGAGCUCUCCAAAGGCAAAUGUUGCAUUAAACUACCCAGCAUGGAUGAUGCAUCAGCCCAGGGCACUCUCAGCUGUGGUACUGAAAAGGAAGCUCUGGUUUUGGAUGCACCGUGAGAGAUGCACCGUGAGAGAUGCUAUAAAGAAAGCAUGGGGAUUUCAUCCUGCCUUGGGUAUCUGCUCCAUCCUGACCACCAAAAAUGGCAUGAAAUUUUCCCCCAGGGAAAUACCAUCACAUGCCCUGUUUAGGAGGGGCUGUGUGUUUUGUCUGGACCUUGUGCUGGCUUGCUGUGCCUGAGUGGGUUUCACAUUUUUGAGGAAUUAAAUUUCCUUCACAAGGUAUCUAUCUCUCAAGACUUUCUCGAGUCACUCUGUCCCAAGCUCUACUGCAUGCCAUUGAAUUUUAGGGCUUGAUUGUGCCUUGCAUAUAUUGCAAAAUCUUCUGUAGUUUAAUUAAAUUCAGCCAGGUCAUACUUGUGUAUGAAUGUGUUUUUUAUUCAGUGGGAAAAGAUUUGGAUGCAUCUUCAUUCCUAAACAGAGGGUGUUCAAAGAAAACCAUUGUCUUUUUUGUGGUAACUGACCCCAUGUUGAACACAGAAGAUUUUUUAUUUUAUGUAUUUGUAUACAUAUGCAUAUAGGCAUAUAGAUAUACAUGCCAGACUGUGAUACAGAAGGCAGUUGUACUUUUAAAACCACAGAGCUUCAAAGAUCAAAGGAAUUUUAGGCUUAAAACUCACUAUCUUUGUUAAUUUUAUUUGCAUUACAGAUCAAACAUGACUUUACCAACCAGUUUGUGUGUGGCAUUUUUUAACUUUGUAUGGACAAUCAUUCUGUGGUCGGCCCCUUUCGAACUGAAAACUUAUCAGACAUUGAAGAUAAAAAGUGUUCUGUGGUUUUCAUUUGGUGACAAAUACAAUAACUGAACACAUCAAAGGAGACAGAAUGUCAGUGUGUCUGUGGCUUUGUAAUAAAAGUUGCA